AUGCCAGCCAGGACCAGAUCCCUACGUUCCUCCUUGCAACCUCCUUGCAGCCCCCCAUCACCGGAUCCAGCUCGACGUCCGUCCGUGCCUCUGCGCGCCGAAGGAGAGGGGGCGCGCCGGCUCACCGAGACGGUGAGACGACGACGCCUGUCCCGUCCGCCCAAUGGCCCAUGGCUCAUGGUCCAAUGGUCCGCGCGCGUCGCAAAUCUCCGAACGGAUGAGCCGAGCCACGAAUCGCGCCCGCAAAGUCCAGGUCAAGGGGUCCUGGAUCUCCGGCGCCAACGACAGGAGAGCUUCACAGCCACUGAUACCGUCGCGACCAGAAUGGAGCCAGCCGUCGAAACCGUCAAAGGCCGCCAGCCCAUCAUCCCGUCGUUCCGCCUCCCCGAAGCUCAGUCCUGCGCCGACGAUACGACUGCAAAUCAAACCCUUGCAGCGACUCGACCGGGCCUCACCCAUAGACGUCGCCUACCUGAGGUUCAAUCAAGCACUGUACUGUACUGUAUUGUACAGUACCGCACCCCGUGCGCACGUGUGCAGAGUCUGGCCCAGCCUGCCCGAUCGCGUGGGCGCUCGCGUCUCGACCAACAACCGCACAGGUGUCUUCCCGAGGACGCGGCCCAUUGCGACCCGGCGCUCGGGUCUCCGGCUGGCCGAGGACAGCGGAACGCAAGGCGGAAAAGGCAAAAGCUCCCUUCGCGCGGGCGGGCGUGCGUGCUCAUGUGCAAUGUACGUGCGUUCCUUGCCAAUGAGCCCAUCGCCAUCAAAGGAGCUCUGCGGCUGAGCUUCUGGGAGCCCUUGCCGAAGAGACAGGUCAGGUCAGGUCAAUGA